CCUGCUACAUGCUGUGCUGGAUGCCGUACGGCGUGGUGGCCAUGAUGGCCACGUUCGGGCCGCCCAACAUCAUCAGCCCGGUGGCCAGCGUGGUGCCGUCGCUGCUGGCCAAGAGCAGCACGGUCAUCAACCCCGUCAUCUACAUCCUCAUGAACAAACAGUUCUACAGGUGUUUCCUGAUCCUCUUCCACUGCCACCACUGGUCGUCGGAGAACGGCAACACGUCCAUGCCGUCCAAGACGACGGUCAUCCCCCUGAACCGCCGAGUCUACACCAACACGGUGGCCCAGAUCUCCAACAGCGUCACGCCGGCCGCCCAGCCGACCCUCGACGCCACCGCCUGACCAGGACACCACGGACAUCCCGGACGAGCCCCCAAAGAGGACCGGUGUCGCUCCUGUCCGGCCACCCGGAGCGGGACUGCAGCCA